AAUUCGUUCAGUACAACACAAAAGGUAGACGCUCGUGAUGUAACCGCGCGAAUUCGAAUUGUUGAUAUCGCUAUUGUAAUAAUUAAUUAUACAAGCGCGAAUAAUUUUUUAUUCGGCAUUCGGAGGGCGCCCCAAGGAAGUGAUUUAUGCAAAUUAUUAACAAAAUAGUUGAACCAGAUGCAUAAAGCACCAUUGCGCCACCAAGAGUAGAGUAGUAGAGUUUUGUGAAAUAGAAAACCAAUCAGAACGCGAACUGAACGCAAUGCGGGAACAUGGUGACAACAAUUAAGAUAACCUGCGAUGGAGUCUUCAUCCAGUCCAACUCGUACCUCAUGCCCUCGUCUCCUCCCAACGGAGCAGGUGCAGCAGGAUCGGCUUCCUCGGAUCGGGCACUGAAAUCUGCGUCCGCAUCGCCAUCCAAUUCGAACAACGAGAGCGACAAUUCGCAGACGAGCAGCGGCAGUCAGACGGCUUCGAGUAGCAGCAAGCGGUCCAAUCGAUCGGUGGCCCAUCGGAGCCAUCGAGGAUCGGGAGCGCAGGACACGAGGCGACGCUACUACUUUGGCAGCAAGGACAUCUAUUGGUGCAAGCAGAGCAGGGAGGCAUCUGCGGCAGGAACAAUCUCGGGACCGGGAUCAGGAUCGGGUUUGGGAUUAACGAGAAGUGCAAGCAGUGCAACACACAAGGAGGCGGCCACCCACGCCACCCACAGUGGUGGCCAGGUCAUCUCCCGGGCACGCCGCAAGCCCAUCCUUCUGUGCAGCAGCUUGAGCGCUGCCUAUGCACCUCCCCGCCGGCGGGAGUUCUAUUUCUGCGACAAGUAUGCACCAAAUACAGGAAGAAGUACGCCGAAUACAAUCACUUCACCUGCCAAAAACGAAUCCUCCCCGCCCAUCGAUGCUCGUCUGCUGAACUUUCUACGCUGCGCCCAUCGCAAGUUCCAGGCGGCCAAAACCAAAUCCGAGCUCCAACACACCAAAGAAAGAUCCUUGGGAAAUUCCCGGGAGAAGACAAGGAAAAACGGACAGCAAUCCUCGCGCUCGCUUCCGCCCAUCGCCAGCUCGGAGGAGUGGUUCGACGAGGAAGCCCUAGCCAGGGAAAACCAGACCAGCAAGGAGAGGAGCCAGAGCAAGGAGCAAGAGCAGGAGCAGGAAAAGGAGAAGAAGGAACCGCUCUCGAGGAAGGCGUCCGGCGAGGGUGAUCUGAUCACCGUCGAGAUCAAGCAGGGACCGCUGAGGAAGCCAAAGCAGCCGUCGCCAGCCAACGAAGGCGCAACCACGACGACCGGCACGGCUAUGAACAGCCACGCGACUGCCACGCAGAACGGACAAACCACGGUCGUCGGACACCAUCGUGGAUUUUCGCAGCCGUCGGUGACGGUGGCCGCUGCAGCGGCGACGGGCAGCACGGCCGGCGAUCCAUGGUUCCUGCAGACCACCGGCCACCAGAUGCCGCCCACCGCACCGCUGCGGCACAACAAGCGUCCCGCGCCCCAACCGAAUGCGGUCCUGGGUGCGGGAUCCGCUGGCACUGGCCCUGCAGCCGGAUCGGCGGUGGGGGCUGUGCUGCUCCACCAACAGCAGCUCAGCCAGUCGCAGCCGCACAUCGUGCCGCCCAGCAUACCGCCGCAUCACCACCACCAUCGCGAGAACAAUGUGCAUCCCAGCCAGGCGGGCGCGGCAGCUGCACUGCAUUUGUCAUCGCAUGCGCUUAAUAGUCAUAAUUUAAUCAGCAGCGCCAGCAAUCAUUCGCCCAAGUCCCCCAGCCAGACGCAGCAACAGCAGCAGCAGCAGACGACGAGCCAACAACAGCAGCAGCAGCAGCAACAACAGCAGCAACAGGCCUCCCACAGCAUACUGUCCACGUUUGCGCCCGCCCCCACAGUGACAUCUGUGCAGCCGGCGGGAUCGCAGGCGAUAGUCGGUACCGCCGCCGCAGUGGCCGCCGUUGCCCAGCAGCAACAACAGCAGCACCUCCAGCUGCUGGCCAACUGCGCGUCCGGCGGAGCGGGCCUGAUGUCCUCCUCGCUGAAUGCGGCCCAAAUGGCGUUGCACGGCGCCGAGCGGGCGCUGCCGCCAAAGAGUCUGGCGCUGAGUGGCAGCCAGCACGGCAGCAACAUGCUGCUGCACACGGCCACCCAACCGACGCAGCCUUCCCAGGCGGCGCCUGUCGCCAGUGGCAGUGGUAGUGGCAGUGGGUCGGCGGGCAUGUCCACCUCGCUGCACAGCUUCGACAUCAAUGGGGCUGGCGCUGUGGCCAGCGGAGUUAAUGCGAGCAGUGCGUGGUCCAGCGGCUCCACCACGGCCAUGAACCACGCCUCCCUGUCGCCCACAGCGAUGGCACCGCAGCAAGGUCGUUCCCGGUGCGAGGUCAAGCUGAACGCCAUGCCAUGGUUCCAUGGUAGCAUCACCCGGGACGAGGCGGAGCAUCUACUGCAGCCCCGUGAGGAUGGAUUGUUCCUGGUGCGCGAAUCCACAAACUUCCCCGGCGACUAUACGCUCUGCGUUUGCUUCCAGUCCAAGGUGGAGCACUAUCGGGUUAAGUACCUAGAGAACAAGCUGACCAUCGACGACGAAGAGUACUUUGAGAAUUUGGGACAGCUAGUGGCGCACUAUGAAGCGGAUGCGGAUGGACUGUGCACGCAGCUGAUUAAGUGCUUGCCCAAGCUGGGCAAACAAGAGUUCUGCAUCAACUCCAAAGAUUUCGUGGACAAGGGCUGGGUGAUCCCUGAGGCGGAGCUGCAGCUACGCGAGAGCAUCGGCAAGGGCGAGUUCGGGGACGUGAUGCUGGGCAUACUACGCAACGAGAAGGUGGCUGUCAAGAUGCUGAAGGACGAGGGGGCCGUGCAAAAGUUUCUGGCCGAAGCCUCGGUCAUGACCACGCUGGAGCACGACAAUUUGGUAAAGUUCAUCGGUCUGGUCUUCACCAGCAAGCAUCUGUAUCUGGUUACGGAGUACAUGAGCAAGGGAUCACUGGUUGAUUACCUGCGAUCGCGCGGACGACAGCACAUAACCAAAAAGGAUCAAAUCAUUUUUGCCUACGACACUGCCUCUGGUAUGGAGUAUCUGGAAGCCAAAAAGGUUGUGCAUCGCGAUCUGGCAGCCCGCAAUGUCCUUAUCUCGGAGGAAUGUGUGGCCAAGGUAUCGGAUUUCGGUUUGGCACGCGAGGAAUGCUAUAAUCUUGACGUUGGCAAGCUGCCCAUCAAAUGGACGGCUCCCGAGGCGCUCAAAAAUGGGCGCUUCUCCAACAAAUCGGACAUGUGGAGCUUUGGCAUACUUCUGUGGGAAAUCUACUCCUUUGGACGCGUGCCUUAUCCCAGAAUUCCAUUAGCCGAUGUGGUGAAGCACGUUGAGGUGGGCUAUAAAAUGGAAGCGCCGGAGGGCUGUCCACCGGAGAUCUACGAGAUGAUGCGCCAGGCCUGGGACUUGAAUCCCGCCAAGCGACCCACAUUCGCGGAGCUCAAGGUGAAGCUGCAGUUGCUGAACAAUGCCACGGCGUGAGGAGGCUCGGUGCCUCCUGGAUUGACGCCAGCGCGAUAGGAAGGAACUAAUGCGGAUUGUUCAGAGCAGCUGUCAUCGGAGCCAAGGGUUGAGCCAAUCCCUGCCAGAAACGAGCCAGAUCCAAAGCUGAAACUGACAUGACACCGACACUGAACGCAACAAUUUUUCGUACGAUUAUAUACAUACAUGAAUAUAUAACUACUUUACAACAAUUUAUUUACAUAUAUAAUUUAUGGAGUAAGUUUUGUAAGCCUAAGCGAAGGAACCCAACACAAUCAAGCAAUGUUAGUGAGUUGCGCCAGCUUCCGACAUAUAAUUAAUUGAUAACCAACCGAACGGACUAUGGGAUAGCAAUGAAUAGGAGGAAGAGCAGCUGCAUAGCCUACCUACUACUACUACCUUUAACUACCACAAUAUUAUGUUAUGUGUACACUGUAACUUUACAAGUAACUGUAGCUAUUUAUUAGUUAACUCCUUGGUUCGGACUCCACUGUAACAUUUCUCUUCUGGAUUCGUAGCCACAUUUGUAUCUUUAUGUUAUAGAAUACGCAUACAUAUGAGCGUCUCCUCAUCUUUUGGGGACGCCUGUCUAAAGCAAUUGUUUGUAGAAUGUUUCCCUUUGAAAUCGUUGAAACGCCAAGUUUUAUUCGAGUUCCACAAUCUCUUUCUGUUAACCGUUUCUGUUUGUAGCACAAAACUGAGGGAUGACCACAAAGAACUUGUCCAACAAGUCGUUGGAGAAGAGAUCACGCUGAGAAUUAGUUAAAUUUAGUUACAUUUAUUUGUAUUGAAAAUCAAAAAACAAAAGAAAAGCAAAAAUUAUGCAAAAAGAGCAGGCGAAACCUAAGCAAAAGUAAACGAAGGCGACUGCGGUCGCGUGUCCUUAAACUCAAAAGAAUGAAAAGAAAAGUAAAGAGAAAAACACUUGUGAAAAUAUGCAUUACAUUAAAACGUCUAUACAUAUAAUACAAUACACAUUAACUACGUAUUUAGCAUAUGAAUCGAUUAAUAAUAUUAUACAAAUAUAAAUUAUUACGCGCAAAGUUCGUGGAUUUGUUCAUUAUUCGGUCCAUUCUUCUAACAAGGAAUCUCCUUCUCUGUACUCUAAAGCAGCUAGCGGAAAGGCAAAGGAAAAAUGUAAUUUAUUUUUUAAACGUACCCCGUAAUUUACUUAAUACCUAGUGCUUAUUUUAGUGUUCCCCUAAGAAACUUGUACAUUUAUGCGUUUUAAUUUCCGAUCAAGCGGCAGCCACUUUGCUUUAACACUUAAUUUUAGUAUACUUUAUGUAAAACACACCUAGUACACCAAUACACCAAUACUCCCCCUCACACAUACACACGUCUACAUGACAUACAUUUAAUUAAUUUUAAAGUUAUUAUUUUUUUAAUACACACAUCAAUCAAUAUUGUAAAAGAAAGUUCUAUGCGUUAGCAAAACCCGGGAAAGACCACACAAAUUUGCACCAAUACACAAAUCUUAAACGAAGUGAUUAAAGAAGGCAGAGAGUUCUAAAACUUUUAAUAAAAGUAAAGAAUACAAGCAUGAA